AUGGAAAAGUGGGAGGGGGGCAGAAAAGGGGGAGGACAGAGAGACGGCCGUAAUCCGAAGGGCAGCAGGCAGGCAGCUGGCGAAUUACGGCGGAGGCGGCGCUGGCAACAGGUGGCGGGUCGUCGUCUGCGCGGUGGCAGCCACGCCAGCGAUCCGGAGGCGGAGGCGGAGGCGGAGGCCGUGCAUGGCUGUCCGACUGGCGCCAGCGCGCUGCUGGCGAGACAAUGCGCGGGGACAGGCCGGCCGCCUGGCCGCUUUAUUGAUUGCGACGCAGGCGCGCCGUCCCACAGUCAGCUGGAGCUGCCGCUGUCGCCACAAAAACGCCCUAAAGCGGGUCGCUGCUGCAAACGAGCUGCGCUACUGUUCUUGCCGGAAAUAGAGGAGAGGGAAGGAAAAGAGGAGAGGGAAGGAAAAGAGGAGAGGGAAGUAAAAGAGGAGAGGGAAGUAAAAGAGGAGAGGGAAGUAAAAGAGGAGAGGGAAGUAAAAGAGGAGAGGGAAGUAAAAGAGGAGAGGGAAGUAAAAGAGGAGAGGGAAGUAAAAGAGGAGAGGGAAGUAAAAGAGGAGAGGGAAGUAAAAGAGGAGAGGGAAGUAAAAGAGGAGAGGGAAGUAAAAGAGGAGAGGGAAGUAAAAGAGGAGAGGGAAGUAAAAGAGGAGAGGGAAGUAAAAGAGGAGAGGGAAGUAAAAGAGGAGAGGGAAGUAAAAGAGGAGAGGGAAGUAAAAGAGGAGAGGGAAGUAAAAGAGGAGAGGGAAGUAAAAGAGGAGAGGGAAGUAAAAGAGGAGAGGGAAGUAAAAGAGGAGAGGGAAGUAAAAGAGGAGAGGGAAGUAAAAGAGGAGAGGGAAGUAAAAGAGGAGAGGGAAGUAAAAGAGGAGAGGGAAGUAAAAGAGGAGAGGGAAGUAAAAGAGGAGAGGGAAGUAAAAGAGGAGAGGGAAGUAAAAGAGGAGAGGGAAGUAAAAGAGGAGAGGGAAGUAAAAGAGGAGAGGGAAGUAAAAGAGGAGAGGGAAGUAAAAGAGGAGAGGGAAGUAAAAGAGGAGAGGGAAGUAAAAGAGGAGAGGGAAGUAAAAGAGGAGAGGGAAGUAAAAGAGGAGAGGGAAGUAAAAGAGGAGAGGGAAGUAAAAGAGGAGAGGGAAGUAAAAGAGGAGAGGGAAGUAAAAGAGGAGAGGGAAGUAAAAGAGGAGAGGGAAGUAAAAGAGGAGAGGGAAGUAAAAGAGGAGAGGGAAGGAAAAGAGGAGAGGGAAGGAAAAGAGGAGAGGGAAGGAAAAGAGGAGAGGGAAGGAAAAGAGGAGAGGGAAGGAAAAGAGGAGAGGGAAGGAAAAGAGGAGAGGGAAGUAAAAGAGGAGAGGGAAGUAAAAGAGGAGAGGGAAGUAAAAGAGGAGAGGGAAGUAAAAGAGGAGAGGGAAGUAAAAGAGGAGAGGGAAGUAAAAGAGGAGAGGGAAGUAAAAGAGGAGAGGGAAGUAAAAGAGGAGAGGGAAAAACCAAGAGAUAGUGUAGAGCGAAAGGUUUCCGGGACUAUCAUUAAAGAGGCAGUGGAUAUACCGGUCAGUGAUAACCUGGUCAAUCGGGAUAGUGGCUUCCUAUCUAGCAGCGCGUGGAACACAACAUCAUCAAGAUUGAGACGAGAGCACACCGACGGAGGCAGGUCGGUUGCGGCAGAUGAAAUAAACAGGCCGCACCGAGGCGAGACGCGGACCACCACCACCACCACCACCACCACCACCACCACCACAACCACCACGCGCCGCCGCGCCGAUUCUGCUCGCGCCUGA